AUGAACAGGAUUCAGGAAUCCUUUUCGAGGAAACCAAACGCACUUGCUCGAGAAAAAAGUGGAAUAUGGAGUGUCAUCCCCGCGAGCUCGCUUUUUAAAAUCCCGAUUGUCCGAUCCCGAUGGAAGAGGCAGUUCUCGUUGGGAAAACAUCCCGGGAGGGUUGAAUCACCUGGUGUGGUUGGCGCUUUAAAUCCCAGGCUCGCUGGAGCUGCCCGGUGCGUUGAUUUUUCUCUCGUUGUUUGGGGAGGAGAGGGAUUUUCUCCGGGCAGCUCUUCUCGCAGGCCUGGCGGAGCUCAGCAAGCAGGCAAGGCUGCAGCCGCGGUGCGCUCCCGCAGGGCGCCCCAACAACCAUGCAGAGAUCACCGCUGGAGCGAGCCAACCUCCUCUCCAAACUUUUCUUCAGGAAGCCAUAGCUGGAGGUUAGAACAGCUUCUUGGGAAUGGACAGCACUUGGUUCAGCUUUCUACUCACUGCCAAAAUCUUGCAACUUUUAUCAGGAAGCAGCAUAGCAUAGUGGACUCUUACUUUUGUGCUGAGUGGCUCUCAAGUAGAUGUGUUUUUAAAAUAAACAGACAACUAUUUUCUGCACACAAAGGACUGAAGUUCAUGCAUGUUGUGGGUUCUGGAACUAUUGGCUUAUGGGCGGGAGCCAUCUGGGAAAAGCAACAUAGCCUGCUGGGUGUGCACCUUUUGGCUCUCGAUGGCCAACAAGCAUUAAGCAACUUUGGUAUAUUCAGAAUGAAACUCAAGUUGCCUUGUGUUCCUGCAAUAAAGUCGCCACAACACGGCUUCUGUGGCCUGCUGCCCCAAAUGAAUGAACUCUCUUGGUUAUCAGUUAUCAGUGGUGGUUGGCGAAUAAAGCCAUUUUCACAGGCCCAGACUUGGGAGGCACGAAUGUAUGAUACGCCUGUUAGGUCAGGAGCCACUGGGGUGUGUUUAGGCUGGCAGGUCAAACCUAAAAUAUUGGUGAGGUGGUUUGUUUUCAGUACAACCCAGAGUGGCAGUUGUAUGACUCUUCCUAAAGAGCGAUUGUACAUAAGAGGUGUUGUAAAAGUGGUGAAAUCAAAGCAGAAUGUAAACAACCCAAAUGGCAUCCAAGAGAUUUUACCUUGGAUGAAAUUCAGGGAUUCCCUGGACCUGCCUGAGACGGUGCUCAGGGUAGCACCAUACAGCAGCGUGGGUCUCAGCGAAACUUCCACAUUUUGCUAUGGCUUCAUGUGGGUUCUUCCCCCUCCUCCCCUCACCCCCACCCCAACCCUUUUCCCUCAUGCUCCCAUGGCCAGGAUCUUAAAGGAGCCUGGUGUCGUCAACUCCAAACUGAUGUGUUGCCUGAGAGACCAGCGCCUCUCCAUGCAUGAAGCCAAGCUUUAUCUGUGUAGCGGCCUGUCGUUUGGCCUCUCUAAGACCAUUUUGGAAGGCUCAAUAGAUUUGGUUGGGGAUCAUUUCUCUAAACCCGCCAGUCCUGUGUUCAGUGUCGGCAGGCCUGUGGAGAAAUGUAAAGCAGAUCUCCAACCUUCUGAAAGAUUCAUAACCAAGCAACUACAGGAUGCAGGCACAAUCUGGACGAAACCGAUUUUGAAGAAAGGGUAUAGACAGCAUCUGGAGUUGUCCGACAUAUAUCAAAUUCCCACCGCUGAUUCAGCUGACAACCUAUCUGAAAAACUAGAAAGGGAAUGGGACAGAGAGCUGGCUUCCAAGAAGAACCCCAAACUCAUUAAUGCCCUUCGACGAUGCUUUUUCUGGAGAUUCAUGUUCUAUGGACUCUUGCUGUAUUUAGGGGAGGUCACCAAGUCCGUGCAGCCUCUCCUCCUGGGGCGAAUCAUUGCCUCCUACGACCCAGACAACGCUCACGAGCGCUCUAUCGCCUACUACCUGGGCAUCGGCCUGUGUCUUCUCUUUAUCGUGCGCACCCUGUUGCUGCACCCUGCCGUGUUUGGCCUCCAUCACAUCGGAAUGCAGAUGAGGAUCGCCCUGUUCAGUCUGAUUUACAAAAAGACUUUAAAAUUGUCAAGCCGCGUCCUGGAUAAAAUAAGCACUGGGCAGCUCGUUAGCCUUCUUUCGAACAACCUGAACAAAUUUGAUGAAGGUCUGGCGCUGGCCCAUUUUGUUUGGAUCGCGCCUCUCCAGGUGAUGCUGCUGAUGGGGCUGCUGUGGGACCUGCUGCAGGCCUCCGCCUUCUGCGGCCUGGCGGUCCUCGUCGUCCUCGUCCUUUUCCAAGCCUGGCUGGGGCAAAGGAUGAUGAAGUACAGAGACAGAAGAGCUGGAAAGAUAAAUGAGAGACUUGUGAUCACCGCAGAAAUUAUUGAGAACAUCCAAUCCGUUAAAGCCUACUGUUGGGAGGAAGCAAUGGAAAACAUGAUUGAAAGCCUCAGAGAAACGGAACUGAAGCUGACCCGAAAGGCUGCUUAUAUGAGGUACUUCAAUAGCUCAGCCUUCUUCUUCUCGGGGUUCUUUGUGGUGUUCCUGUCGGUGCUCCCCUCCAUGCUGACCAAGGGAAUUGUCCUCCGCAAGAUAUUUACCACCAUCUCGUACUGCAUCGUGCUGCGGAUGGCGGUCACCCGGCAGUUCCCCUGGGCCGUGCAGAUGUGGUACGACUCCAUCGGAGCGAUCCACAAGAUACAGGAUUUCCUUCAAAAAGAAGAGUACAAGACAUUGGAAUACAACCUAACAACUACAGAUGUUGUGAUGGAAAACGUAACAGCUUUCUGGGAUGAGGGAUUCGGGGAAUUGUUCGUCAAAGCAAAGCAAAAUGACAAUAGCCGAAAAGUCUCCAGGGACGAUAAAAACCUCAUCUUUAGUAACUUCUCACUCUUCGGUCCCCCUGUCCUCAAAGACAUCAAUUUCAAGAUAGAAAAAGGACAGUUGUUGGCUGUAGCUGGAUCUACUGGGGCGGGCAAGACCUCACUGCUGAUGAUGAUCAUGGGUGAGCUGGAGCCUUUGGAAGGCAAAAUCAAGCACAGCGGAAGGAUCUCCUUCUCUCCCCAAUUCUCGUGGAUCAUGCCGGGAACCAUCAAGGAGAACAUUGUCUUCGGGGUUUCCUUUGAUGAAUACCGAUACAGGAGUGUCAUCAAGGCCUGCCAGUUGGAGGAGGAAAUCUCCAAGUUUGCAGACAAAGACAAUACAGUCCUGGGGGAAGGUGGCAUCACUUUGAGUGGAGGGCAGCGGGCCAGAAUUUCAUUAGCCAGAGCAGUGUACAAAGAUGCCGAUUUAUACCUCCUAGACUCUCCUUUCGGCUACUUGGAUGUGCUUACGGAAAAGGAAAUAUUUGAAAACUGUGUCUGCAAGCUUAUGGCCAACAAAACGAGGAUCCUGGUCACUUCCAAAAUGGAACACUUGAAGAAGGCCGACAAAAUCUUAAUUCUGCACGAAGGCAGUUGCUAUUUCUACGGCGCGUUUUCGGAACUUCAGAACCUGAGGCCUGACUUCAGCUCCAAGCUCAUGGGCUACGACUCCUUCGACCAGUUCAGUGCCGAAAGGAGAAACUCCAUCCUGACGGGAACCCUGCGGCGUUUCUCCCUGGAGGGCGAUGCCGCCGGCUCCUGGAACGAAGUUAAGAAGCAGUCGUUCAAGCAGACGGGAGAGUUUGGCGAAAGGAGGAAGAACUCCAUCCUCAACCCGCUCAACUCCAUCCGGAAGUUUUCCCUGGUCCAGAAGGCUCCGCUCCAGGUGAACAGCAUCGACGAGACCCUGGACGAGCCGCUGGAGCGGAGGCUGUCCCUUGUACCCGAGAGCGAGCCAGGAGAGGCCAUCCUCCCCCGCAGCAACAUGCUAAACCCCGGGCCGGUGCUCCGAGCCCGGAGGAGGCAGUCGGUCCUGAACCUGAUGACCCGGCCUUCCAUUCACCAAGCCUCGAGCCUCUACAAGAAGGGCAGCGGCUCGGCCCGCAAGGUGUCCAUGGCCCCCCAGGCCAAUAUGUCGGAGAUGGAUAUCUAUUCCCGGCGCCUCUCGAAAGAUAGCGGCUUGGAAAUCAGUGAGGAGAUAAAUGAGGAAGAUUUAAAGGAGUGCUUUAUUGACGACAUAGAGAGUACGACUUCUGUGACCACAUGGAAUACAUAUCUUAGAUACAUGACCAUUCACAAAAAGUUGAUUUUUGUGCUAAUUAUGUGCCUAGUCAUCUUUUUGAUUGAGGUGGCUGCUUCUUUGGUUGGGCUGUGUUUAUUCAAAAAUGGGGCCUCAAGAAUGAAUUCCACCAAUAAUCAAAACCACACGAGCACACUCGAUAGGUUCGCCGUGAUCGUCACCAACACAAGCACCUAUUACAUGUUUUAUAUUUAUGUGGGGGUAGCAGACACCUUGCUCGCCCUGGGGUUCCUCCGUGGACUGCCCCUGGUGCACAGCCUGAUAUCCGCUUCCAAAAUUCUCCACCAGAAGAUGCUGCAUUCGGUCCUUCAGGCGCCCAUGUCGACUUUCAACACUUUGAAAACAGGUAGCAUUCUCAACAGAUUCUCCAAAGAUAUGGCCAUUUUGGAUGACCUUCUGCCACUUACAAUAUUUGACUUCAUUCAGCUACUGCUGAUUGUGAUUGGAGCCGUGACAGUAGUGUCAGCUUUACAGCCCUACAUCUUCCUUGCUUCUGUGCCAGUGGUAAUAGCCUUUGUAUUGUUGAGAGCAUACUUUCUCCGCACAUCCCAGCAACUCAAACAACUGGAAUCUGAAGCCCGGAGUCCAAUAUUCACUCAUCUUAUUACAAGCUUAAAGGGGCUAUGGACAUUGCGCGCAUUUGGACGCCAAACGUAUUUUGAAGCGCUGUUCCACAAGGCUUUGAAUUUACACACCGCCAACUGGUUCCUGUAUCUAUCCACUCUCCGCUGGUUCCAAAUGAGGAUAGAAAUGGUAUUUGUCAUCUUCUUCAUUCUGGUGACCUUCAUCUCCAUUUUAACCACAGGUGAUGGAGAAGGGAAAGUUGGAAUCGUUCUAACAUUAGCCAUGAACAUCAUGGGUACGUUGCAGUGGGCAGUAAACGCGAGCAUUGAUGUGGACAGUUUGAUGCGGUCUGUGAGCAGAGUAUUUAAAUUCAUCGACAUGCCAACCGAGGAGCACAAGCCCACCCACCCAGCGAAGGACAAAGAACUCUCUGGAGUCCUGAUCAUUGAGAACCAGCACGUGAAGACAGAGAAGAACUGGCCUUCAGGAGGCCAAAUGACCGUCCAAGACCUCACAGCUAGAUACCUAGAUGGAGGUCCGGCCAUCUUGGACAACAUCUCCUUUUCGAUAAGUUCCGGUCAGAGGGUGGGCCUUCUGGGAAGAACGGGCUCAGGGAAGAGCACUUUAUUGUUCGCCUUUUUGAGGCUGCUGAACACCAAAGGCGAUAUCCGGAUUGAUGGCGUUUCCUGGGACACGGUACCUGUGCAGCAGUGGCGGAAGGCGUUUGGAGUUAUACCACAGAAAGUAUUCAUAUUUUCCGGAAGUUUUCGAAAGAACCUGGAUCCCUAUGGGCAGUGGACAGACCAGGAGCUAUGGAAAGUGGCAGAGGAGGUCGGGCUGAAAUCGGUGAUCGAACAGUUCCCGGGGCAGCUAGACUUUGUCCUCAUCGACGGAGGGUGCGUCCUGAGCCAUGGCCACAAGCAGCUCAUGUGUCUGGCCAGGUCGGUUCUCAGCAAGGCGAAAAUCCUGCUCCUCGACGAACCCAGUGCCCACCUGGACCCCAUAACAUACCAGGUCAUUCGCAAAACUCUAAAGCAAGCAUUUACCAACUGCACAGUCAUCCUCUCAGAACACAGGAUAGAAGCGAUGCUCGAGUGUCAACGUUUUCUGGUGAUAGAGGAGAACAAGAUCCGGCAGUACGAGUCUAUCCAGAAGCUGCUGAAUGAAAAGAGCAUCUUCAAGCAGGCCAUCAGCCACUCGGACAAAAUGAAGCUGUUCCCCCUUCACCGCCGGAACUCGAGCAAGCGCAUGUCCAGGCCCAAAAUCACGGCCCUCCAGGAGGAGACGGAUGAGGACGUGCAGGACACCAGGCUCUAGCGAGAGGGAGGCACGUGGCCCCACCGAUGGCUGUCUCGUUGGCCAUGUCCCGGCGGCUGAUGUGGCCCAGACGACCCUCCCCAAGUGCCUGCUUCGUGGCUUUCCCACGCUGGUGGAAUAGUGCGGGAGGUGUGGCCGGCUCUGGAAGAUUUGCCACUGGCUUCCAGUAAGCCAGAUAUCCCUGAGAAAAGCAAAAACCCCAAAGCCCAUCUCCUUUCGGUGUGAAGGAUGAUAGGCAUGAACCUGUGAAGACUGGCUCCGAGGCCCCGCCAACCCACUGCUCUGUUAGGGACUGAGGGGAGAGAGGUGAGCUUGCUUGGCCAUCUGGCGGGGCCCAUGAUGAGAAUCAAAUUUUCCGUGAUUGCCUUAGGCUUAUUGAUUCCUCCCACCGAUUGUCCUUAGAGAAACUAAAACUGAGAGCCAUCGGCUGUCUGCCUGAUCCUUCCUUACGACCCUGGCUGCUGUGGGACCCCAGGAGAGCACCCCCUCCUCAGGAUCUCCCCAGGCCCGGUCUCCACGGGCAACAGAGAACAAGGUGGAGGAGAGCCUUUCUGCAUUCUUUCCAGGGACCGGGGGACUCCCAAUCAUUUGAACUCCAGUGCAUCCCACCUGAGGUUCUGGGUUCAGGGGUCAUAGUGGAUGUUCUCAGACCCCG